AACUAAUACAAAAUGCGUGUGUUUCUCGUCGUCUGCCUCAUCACCGUUGCAUAUGCGGACAAACUGGGCUACAACUAUCGUCCUGUAGCACACUCGGACAGCGGACUUUCAUUUCCACCAGGUGGCUCCUCAGGACUCGGUGGUCCCGGCAGCAGUGGCGGAUCGGGUGGUGUUGGCCCAGCCGAGUCCGGUCCUUCGUACAAUGCCCCAGCUGCUGAAUAUGAAAAGGAAUUCUACACAUAUACUGCCGAUGAAAGCGAGUUCAGCGAACCAGCUGAUAAUGGUCGUGCCAUCGAAUCAUUGAAGAAAAACUUGCGUGUCAUCUUCAUCAAGGGACCCGAAGGCAAUGGCUUGGAGAAAGCUGCCGCCGACCUCGCCAGACACGCUGGAGAAGAGAAGACCGCUAUUUAUGUGCUGCAGAAACAAGCUGACUUGGGCGAUUUGGCUAACAAAUUACAGGCUGAAAACGAUGUGCAACGUCACAAACCCGAAGUACACUUUGUCAAAUACCGUACACCCGAGGAUGCAACCAACGCUCAGCGCGCCAUCCAACAGCAAUACGAUCAGUUGGGUGGAAAGUCUCAAUCGCACGAUGGUGGCGCUGCUCCAGUUCACGACUUUGCCUCUCCGGCAGCUCGCCCAGCACCACGUCCUGUUAGCGCUCCCGGUGCUGCUUAUCUGCCAUCCUCCAUUCUCCGCUUCUAA